AUGGGAUUCUUUCGCUGGCCUCGGUGCAAGCGACGCGCCUCCCCUACGAAGCCCACGAAGCCCUCGCCUAAGAUUCCUAAUCCCUUUGAAGCCUUGAAGCCUCUAAUUGCCCACGAUGUCUUGGAUAGUUCUCAGUUCCACGUCCCAGGAGCCUUUCCGACAACUCCACCUGAAUCACCUACCCUUGUUGUAUCACAUGGCGCAACUAUCGAGGAGGAAGAUGUCCCACCGAAGGGGUGGGAAUUUAUGGACAUAGAUGCUCGCGCAACACAACCACUUGUUACAGAUCUCGGCCCACAUCUCCACCCUCGAUCGCUAUCAUACAUCUCACCUCUGCCGAGGGCUAAGCGCAGUUUAUCGCCACGACCAACCAAAGCCCCGAAGCCCGCCGAAGAUGACAUUAUGGAUAUCGAUGACCCUUGGGAUCAACAAGCUCAACAAGAUUCAAGGGUUCCUCAUGGCCCAGUUUCCGCCGUACAGUUAUUUUACGCCAACAGGAGACCAAUUCCUGCCAAUCGCAUUGCAUCGUGGUACGAGGCGGAAUUCGAGAGACGGGAGAAAGAAAGAUUAGCCCGGGAGCGUGAUCAACGACGUCCAAUUAGAGUGAUGCCAGCUGGUCAACCCGUACGUCCGAUUUCGCACGAGUGGCUUGUCAAACUCCAGCGAGCCAUGCAGAGUGGACAAGGACAGGCCGUCGCCAAAUCGUUAGCCGGAGACGAUCUGUACCAGCGGGAUAUUGUCACAUGUAUUCGCCCUGAGGCCUGGCUCAAUGAUGAAAUCAUCAAUGCCUACCUUGGUUUACUCGUUCACUACCUCCGCCAAUCGCACGGAAACCUCGGGCCCAAGGAGCGGCCACAUUUUCACGCCUUCAACACCUUUUUCUACUCCACCCUUCGUGAUAAGGGAUAUGACGGCGUGCGACGGUGGGCCAACCGGGCCAAGAUCGGUGGGGUAGGACUGCUUGAGGUCGACACAGUCUUCAUCCCUGUACAUGAGUCAAGCCAUUGGACCCUCCUGGUUAUUCGACCAGUAGAACGUACAAUCGAGUAUUUCGACUCCCUUGGAUCUCGCGGUCUUCGCCAAGUGAAAACUGUCAAGCAAUGGCUUCGUGGGGAGCUUGGGCCAAAAUAUAAUGAGGAAGAGUGGACUGUCCUGCCAUCAGUCUCUUCUCAGCAAGACAACGGAAGCGACUGUGGUGUCUUCCUCCUAACAAAUGCUAAAUCAAUCACUGUUGGGAUUGAACCUACCGCCAUUGGCCCACAGGACAUCACCCUUCUCCGCAGAAAGAUCGUUGCUGAGCUCAUGAACGGAGGUCUUCAAGGCGAGUUCGACCCACAAGACAGAGCAACAGGUGCAGUGUUGCUCUAA